CCCAGCCCUAGCCUGGCCUGAGCCCUGGCAAUGGGCUGGGCUUUUAUAUCAGGGAGCCCAAGCCCCCUAAAGCCCGGCCCGUACCCGGGCAUUUGAGCCCAGCCCAGCCCUCAACAACACUAGCUGAGGCUCACCAAAGAAACGUUUAGAUCUACAACGGUCGUAAGACUGACCAAUGUGGCGUGAUGAUUUUUGGCUCCGAGGAGACGGACAACAUCAUUAAUGAAGAGAGUGGUGGCUAUGAGCAUGUCAAAGAUUACAUUACCAUCGGCCAGCCAAACGCGGGGACACUAGCCAAGCUGCAAGAGCUACAGCCCUCAACUACAUAUGGGGACCCCAUCGACGCUAUCAUAGUCGGCGUCGAAACCCAACACAGAUACCUAGCAACCAAAAGGACGUGGACACGAAAGGUGUAUCUGCUGACAGACGGCGAGAAUCCCAUUGAACUCGAGGACUGGGAAGCUACCGCCAAGAAGAUAAACGCCUUGGAAGUUGGCCUUUUCGUCAUCGGCGUCGACUUCGAUCAUGACGAAGAUAUUCCCUUCCGCGAGGAGAACAAAUCUCACGUCAAGCGCACCAACGAAGAAUUCUAUCACAAACUCAGGAGCCAUCUCCACCGAGGCGACGUUGGGAACUGCGACUUUGCAAUGAAAGAGAUCAGUCGACCUGACAUCAAGGAGACCCGCUCAGUGUUGCAGGGUACGAUCCUGCGCCUUGGCGACGUGGACGCUCGCCCUGAGGAGGCAGUCGAGAUCCUUUGCAAGACAAGCAAAGCAACCGCUAUGCAGCGACCCAAGAGUUGGAAGAGGUUCGCGCGCCGCGAGAAGAACACAGCAGAGCGAAAUCGUGAAGACGCCAUGGAAGUCGACGAUGACGACAAGGCGGUCUUCGCGCAGCUACGCAUGCGCACGGAGUACUACAUCGGACUCAAGGGCGACGGUGAGGGAUCCGAUGCUGGAGGCAGCGACACCGACGACGAGGACGGUGACGACAAGAACAAACACGUCGAGAAGGUUGAGAAGGAGCAGCUCGUGCGCGGCUUUAAGUAUGGCUCGUCGUAUGCGCCGUGCCCCGAUGGGCAGUUCCCGCGGCUCGCAACGCGCAAGGGCAUCGACAUCUGCGGGAUCUUCAGUGCAAAGAACUUCCGCAGGGAGUAUGCGAUGAGCGAGGUGACAUACGUCUGGGCGGACACGACGCAGCCCCUCCAGCAAGUCGCACUGAGCGCAUUCGUGCAGGCGCUGUAUGAGAAGGGCGCAAUGGCGACUGCGAGGUGGGUCACGACGGAUGGCUCGGAGCCGAAGAUGGGUGUGCUGCAUCCGGUCAUGUUUGACCGGGUAGAUUGUCUGAUGUUCGUGAGGAUGCCCUUCGCGGAGGACGUUCGCAACUUUCCUUUUCCCUCGCUCGAGAACCUCAUCUCGAAGAAAGGCGAACGUAUUACCAGUCACCCGUACUUGCCCACGGAUGAGCAAAUGGAAGCAAUGAAACACUUUGUCGAUGCAAUGAAUCUGAAGGAUGCAGGUGAAAAGGACGAAGAUGGCUGUGAUACGCCCUGGUUUGACAUCUGCCUGUCCUAUAACCCCGCCAUACAUCGUGUAAAGCAAGCGCAAUUCCAUGCAGCCGUUGUACCCGACCUUAACACGCAUCCCCUACCGCCUCCACAUCCCGAACUCACAAAGUACUUCGAUCCUCCGAAGCGUGUACUCAAACGAGCGCGAGAUGCCAUCGAGGAGUGCCAGGAUCGUUUCAAGGUCAGGGAAGUACCGAAGAAGGUCGCUCGAGCAAGGAAAGACGGGCACGUCCGCGCACACGACGAAGACGACGAAACUCUUCUCCUGGACAAGGCGGUUAAACGCACGAAGUCUUCUGCACAGCUCGGGGGGACAAGUCAGCAUAGCCAGAGUCAGACCCUCCGCACACAGUCUUUCCGGCAAGCCAAGAAACAAGAUGACUCGGAGACAGAAAGCGAGACAGAGGAAGAGGAAGAACUCUUGUUGGAUAGAAAACCGACGAACAGAGCCCUGCCCACGCCCGCUCCCGAGGAGCCUGAGCGAGGACAAGCACCCGGGAGGAUUAUAGGCUCGACGUAUCCGCUGGAAGACUUCAGGGCCAAUAUGGCGCGUGGUGACGUCGUGACGAAGGCAGUGGAGGACCUCGGCGCAGUUAUCAAGGAGAUUGUCCUGCGCCCGUUCGCGUCGAGACGGGAGGAUGAAAUGAUCCAAUGUUUGCGCGAGUUGAGACGGGUGUGCUUGGAGGAGGACGAAAUCGAUGCGUGGAAUGCGUUCCUGCGAAAUCUCCGUGAGGCAUGUCUGGACGGCAAGCCCGGCAACAUCGAAUUUUGGUCCCGUGUCAAGGACGAGAGCCGGAUGAUGAGCCUCAUCAGCACGACCGAGGCCAAUGAGCUAGGAGGCAAGUCGGACGUUUCUGAGCCAGAGGCAGCUGAGUUCAUUCAGCGGUGAUAUGUACAUAGGUGCUGACAUUGACGAUCUGAGUCUGUUCGAUGAAAUCUCUCCUGUGUUGUUUAGGAUUAUAUUACGGUCGUUGUAGCAUACCUGUCACCUUGCUACCUAAUUUUGAUGUUGCAGUGUAUUGACGAUCGCGACGCCUUGAAUGAGCGAGUGAACCCUCUGAAUCACGC